AUGCGAUCAAUCUUCAGUCUGCGACACGCAAGUCGCACCAGUCGCUCCCUGCUACGAUCUCGAGGCCUCGAACAACCGCUCCGAACAAGGAGGACGAUCAGCACCAUACCACGCCCACGCCAUGCGAUAACACCACAAUGCGCGGCAUUCACGCCUCGCCGGGCAUUCGGACUGCCUUCACUCUCCUCCUUCCUCCCCUCCUCGCCCAAUGGGAAUAACAGCGACCCCAAGCGCGUUCUCACAGCCACGCGCACUCUGCCCUAUUCUCCCGCCCUACUCUUCAAAGUCAUUGCCUCCGUCGAAUCCUACGCGGAAUUCCUCCCCUUCCUCACAGCCUCGACUGUCACGGCCCGCGACCCACAAUCGGGGUAUCCUACUCAAGCCUUCCUGACUGUGGGCUAUGGCCCGCUCAGUGAGACCUUCACCUCGCGGGUAGACUGUGAUCCCUUGAAGGGGAUUGUCGAGGCGCGCAGCGGGGCGAAAUACGGCCAGGGAGCUGGGAAGGCGGAACCCAAAGGCGGGUUGAGUGGGUUGUUCCCCGGUGCGAAUGAGGGUAUCUUUGAGUAUCUCGAUACGAAGUGGGAAUUGGCGCCGCUGGCCCCGGCUGAUGCAAAGGGUGGUCCGCAGACUAAAGUGAACUUGGAGGUGCGCUUUGAGUUCCGCAACCAGUUGCACGCUACCAUGAUGAGUGCUGUCGAGGGCCAGAUGGCCAAUGUGAUGAUCGAAGCGUUUGAGAAACGCAUUCGGGAGACGCCUUCGCAGGGGCAAUAG